AUGGAUCCCGAAAGCGAAAAAUAUGAAGAAAUUCAAUUCCAACCGCUUCUCGACGAAGUCAGCGACGAAGAAGCAAAUCUUCCACCAUCAAAAUCAUCUCGCUGCCGCAUCUCAUGGAAAAGAUUCACAAUCUUUCAAACACUCCUGAUACUAGUUUACACCACUAUCUACUACAUUUGCUCAUCCCAUCCCAAUCGCCCUCAAGAAUCUCCUGCCUUCGGUUUCGUCCCCGCAAUGACUUCCGUACCUCAACACUUAAAAGCCUUUGCCAAACACGGCAAUCAUCACUCUCCCUACUCACAACCGCCUUCUGAAUCCACUUCACAAGCCUGGUCAGCUCUCCUCUCCGGCGGUAACAUGCGCAUCUCCCCCUCCGAACUCACACCCUACAACGCAACCUCUGUUUCUCUCGCCGACGGCACCGGCUAUCUCGCCAAAACGGGAUUCUAUCACGAACUCCACUGCUUAUACAAGUUAAAAACGCAUUUAUACCCAGAACACUAUUACGCGAAUGCAUCGCGGGACUACAUGGACGAGGAACGAGAGCAUUUGGAACAUUGUAUAGAGUGGAUCCGAACAGCAGCGAUUUGUAGGGGGGACACGACGUUGACGCUUUUUGAGUGGGUGGGGGACAGGUUGGAAACGAAGUAUCCGAUUCCGCAUAUGUGUUAUGUUGAAGAUGAGUUGUUGUCAUGGAGUCGAAAGGCUGGGAGGAUGGUGGAUAUUGAUGAAGAGGGCAUUCUAGUGGGACCAAGUGGAAAUGGGGGGUCGAAUUUGAGAGGGGAUGGAUAG